AUGAACUUCUCCACUCUGAUCACCGUCGUCCUCGUCGUCCUCAUCGCUCCAAUCACGGUACGGCCUUCCCUUUCUUCGAACCUUUCUCAUUCGCUAAUGGGAGGCUCACACAGGAGGCGUGCUACAAUGACCCUGUUGAUGGUCGCAACGGCGAUUGCUACAGAGAUUGCAUGGCGAAGUAUGGACACGGUGGCUUCUGAACCAUUCGGUGUAUCACGACCAACGUUCAGCAUGCGAUUCACUGUUCUCAUCGCCGCCGUCUUCGUCGGUCUCAUCGCUCCCGCGCUCGCAGUACGAUCGUCCUUUCUCGGUUUCAUUGCAUAG